UUUAUUACGUCUAUGGUCGGCGCUGUCCGUUACCAUUCGUACGACUGUUGGUUCGUGAAGUUCAAAUUUGUACCGGAACGAGGUAACACGUGGUUUCGAUAACCUUUUUCCAACGUCUAGAAACGUUCCUCUUCUACACAGCGUUUAUUCCAAUAUAUGAUUCGAAGAAGAUGCCGCGCUCCGUGACCUCCGUGAAGGAUUCGGACGAUGACCUGGAACCGAAGGGAGUUAUUGGUCGUAUGCAGACUCGAAUGCUUACUGUGAACUCUCCAUUACGUCGCAGCAGCAGAAUAAGCAUAAAGCAGAGUAAAUAUUCACCAGGUUCUGAAAGUGAUAGUAGUAUCAGCAGUAAUCAAACAAUCCGGAGUACUAGAGCACAAACAGCAAGUGGCGAUUCAACUGUCCCAGACACAAUGAAAAAGCUGCGAAAAAAUUCUGCUUCUUCAGAGGUCAGUGAGAUAGAUGUUGAAGGCCUGGAAACACCUGUAAAACGACGUAUAAGACAGAACUCAAGUUCCAACACACCUACCAAAGUUAUCACUCGAGCAUCUAGUAAGCGCUUUACGCGUGCUGGUUCCGAGAUAAACUUGGAAUCUGCUAGAAUCACACGUAGCACAAGAGCUAACUCUGUGGGUCCAGAAUCUUUGCCCAAUCAAAAUAAAAAAUUUGAUACACCAACUAAGACAACACGCAGACGAGCGUCCAUGUUGCCAUUAAGCUUUCAAAACAAAGAGCAAAUUGAAUUAAAGGAUCGUGUACCUUAUGUAAAAUUGGAUGCUACAAUAGCUGAAACUGAUGAAAUCACAAGUUCAGGAAACUCUGAGUCUUCACCAGAUAAAGCAUCACGUUUUGCACAAAGUAAAAAAAUUAAUCAAAACUGUCAAAGUAUAGAUAAGGACGAAAGUGAAAAAAAUUCUAACUUUGAAAAAGUAGAGACUUCACCUGAUUCAAAAUCAGAAGCACAUCAAUUGUCAGAGGAAAAAGGCAAAGCACAAGCUGAAGACAUGGAUAAAGUAACAGUGAAGGAUACGGAGACUACUGACGCUGAGGAACAAUGGAGGUUUGUAAAAACUUCAUCAUUCAGUGAUAUAGAUAUUAUUAUCGACUCUUCUAGUCCUCCAAGUCAAAAUUUUGUAAAAGACAAGAAAACAGAAGCUGAAAGUCUGUCUGAUCUAGAAUCAUCGUUAGUUGAAAUGUGUCAAUCGAAAGAAUUGGAAAGUAUGCCUGAAAACUUAUUGGACACUUCUGGUGAGGAACAAAGGAGUAACAAGGAAAAUCAAAUACUGAACAUUAUUAAUGAUGCAGAAAAGGGGAUGCCUCAAGUGAUACUAUCUUCUGUCAAAUCUCUCGCUUUGCCGUUUACGGCAAAUAAAUCAUUGAAUGAAAAGGAAAUUAAAUCUAUGAAAAAAGAACUAAACUCGAGCAAUAGACGUCGUUCAAGAGAAUCAACAGAAAUUGCGAUCAAACACAGUGAUCUGUCACAAGAAUCUGCCGAUGGCUCUCCGGAAAAGAUGGAUAUUUCUGUAGAAUCUUUAAAUUUAACUGCUAUAAAUAAAUCAAACUUGUCACAACAUCACAAUACCGAACUUGUUGACAUGGUUACUAACACAGAUAAAACAUCUGUUGAAAAUAUAAGUACGUUUAAUUCCAAUGAGGAAACAACAGAGAUUUGCGAAAAGAUUAGUGAAUCAGAUAAAAUCGAUAAAAUUGAAUGUACUAUUGCAAAUAAUAAGGAUUGUAACAGAAUGAAGUCAAAUGAAGAAGAUGAAACAUCGCGUUCCUCUCCAUGUCUAAUCCAAUCUAAACAGAUAAGAGAUGAUAGAGAUAAUCUCACUUCUUCUUUAGAUGAUGACGAAAUGAAAUUAAUGUUAGAUGAACGAAGUCCAUCUCGAGAUAAAAGUGAAGUUUCAGUACACGCUAACAAUAAGUCUAAUCAAUUGAUAGAUUUACAUAUUAUGACACCAAAUACAAGUUCUGACGACGAAGCUAUUAUCAUGGAAGAACAAUUGGUUCAAGAUAAAGUAAUUGACAAUUCUGUUUCUAUAGAACAAAAACAGGAACAGACAACUUCAUCUAAACAUGUAACAGAAUUGGUAUCAAAAUCUUCUAAUGCUGUCUUGGAAACAAAUAAUUCCACAUGUGGCAUCUCGAAUGAUGCAACAAUUCAAGAUAACCAAUCUUUCGGUGAAAUAGACACAUCUAAAAUAUCUACCAUGGAUAUAUCAACUGAGAAAACGGAUACAGAAGAUUCUUUACUGAAAAAGAUUGUAAAACAGAACUUAAAACGGAAGAGUACAGACAAUUUGGAGGGAGAAAAAGAGAGUUCGCAAAUGGAAACGAAUCAAAAAGAUCGAGAAGAUAUGGAAAUCGAUGAUGAUGCUUCUGAUGUCAAUAUCGGCAUUAAUUUAUUUCAAGAUAUUCCCGUUGACAAAUGGAAGGAGAAAAAUAAUGCUGAACCUAACGCAGUACAAGUCACCUCUCAAUCGGCGGGAGAAGUGGAAAAUGGAAGUGAAUCUUCCGAUGAUCUUCUUUUGGCGAAUAAACAAGCAUGGUUGAAGGCUGAAACUAUAAAAGCUGCAAAAGUGUCAGAAUCUUUCGAAUAUGAUUCUGAUGACACUAUUGACAUGUUAUGGAAAAGUCAGUCAGAUGCAUCGCGAACGAAUCAUAGUAUGGAAAAAUCGGAUAGUGUAAAAGAAUGUUUAAUGGAUGAUAUUGAAAAUAAAGAGAACAGAAAGCAAGUUAAAAGACAACAAUCAAGAACUAUAAAGAGACUUACAACCGAAAUAGAUCAGGAUUCUCCUCCUCGUGCAGAAGAUGAAAGUGAUGAAGUCAACGCUGAUAAAUCUUUAAAUAAAUCUAAAACAGCUUUAAAUCAAACUAAUGAUCGACCCAUUUCUAGAUUAGAUACAUCAGGAUCAGCAAAAACGAAAGAACAAUCUUUUAAAGCAGAUAAAGAUUUAGAGGAAGAAAUUGAAGGUGAUACAAGUGAAUUAAAUAGAAGGUCGCUAAGUAAAAAAAAUACAUCUUUACGAAAAUCGAUAAAAGAACGAACAUCAUUAAAUAAAUCUUUAAAAGAUACAUCUGUACACAAUGUUUCUGUAAACAAAGCUCGAGUGGAUGAUUCAGAGGAGGAACUUGAUAACACAAAUACAUGUACUGGAAAAAAAUUAGAUAAGAAACGUUCCUUGAAUAAAUCCUCUAAUAAGGAAACAGAUGAUAAUGCAACCAAGUCUAAAAAGAACAACAUUUCAACUAAAGAUAGUAAUAAAAAAAAUGAAAAUACACCUUUAAACCGUUCUGUAGAAAAGUCAAAGUCUGUAAUUGAGAAGCUGACAGAUUUGACUGAUGAUGAAAGCAGUAAUAGUGAUAUAAAUUUAGUACCUAUUGAAUUUAAAGCUAGAACUUAUUCUACAGUAGCAAAUAAAGGAUCAGAUAGUGAUCACGAAUCUACUAAAAAUUACUACCAAAGUGAAAUAAUACAAAGCGAUGACGAUUUUGAUGACAGCAGCAGCGAUUCUGAUAUCAACAGAGAGUAUAAUUUGGAUGGAGUAGAACAAAAGUUUUCUGAUGAUGAUGUAAUUGCUGAUGAAUGCAGAACUUCAGAAGUAGAGUUUUCAGAUUCUGAUGACAACGGUUCAGAUCUUGCAGAUUUCAUAGUUGAUGAUGAUGAAGUAGAAGAUGAGGAAGAAAACAAUGAAGAAGAAGAUGAUAAUGAACAAAACGAUAACAACGAAGAAGAUGAUAGCAACAAAGAAGAUGAUGAUAACGAAGAAGAUGACAGCAAUGAAGAUGAUAAUGAUGAAGAUAUUCAAAACCUGCAAGAUGCACAAAAAAAGAAGGUGACAGUCAAUCAUCACAUUUUUGAUAAUUCUAAACAAGCGCGUGAAUAUGAACUGGAAAAUAUGGAAAUUGCAAAUGAAGAAGAUAAUGAAAAUGUACAGAAGGAUGAAGAUACAACGGACGAAGAAGAAGACGAAAACCAAUUUACCAAAAUGGAGGCCAAUUCUUCAUGUGUCAGUGCCUCUGAUAAACUAUCUAACAUUCAUAAAAGUAAGAACAAAUCCAGCAUGCGUGCUUCACCUCGUACAACCAAGACGGAAACAAAACAUGACGUCUUCAACAAAAUGAAGAAUUCGUCAAAUUCAAACUUGUCGACUGAGAAGAAAAAGAAGAAAUCUCUUACGAAGGAAAAUGAAACUAUCUUGUCAGAAACAACUAAUUUAAUUUCUUCAUCAACUAAGAAAAGAAGGAAGACCGAUCCACAAUAUUUCUCGAAAAGUAGAGAUGAACAAAAUUUGACAGGACAAUUAAAUGAAUUAGAGUCUGAAUUUGAGUCUGGAGGAAACUUGUCAAAAUCACUCAUGUCAAUGAAAUUUAGUACUCCAAAACUUAACGCUUAUAAAAAAGUGGGACUUGAUGAAAAGUUGGAAAGAACUUUAGGAAGUAAAAACAACUCGCUUACAAGUGAAGUAACGCAGAUUACUAUGAAAGAAAAAUCAAAGGAGGACCCAAUAUUAAAUAAAAACAACAGUUUGAAGUUGUUCAGCGAUGCACAUAAAGACAUGGUCAUAACGAUGUCACAAGACAACUUUUCACUUGACUUAUUAGGAUCGGAACAGACAAAUUAUUUUAAGCAAUUAUGUAAAUCAACACCUCCCAAGACAGAAUCGCGCAAAUCAAUGAACAUCCAAAUUGAGACACCAACAAUAAAACAUCUUAGAAAAGAGAAGUUAAACGAAAGUGCACCAAUGUUAACAGAAGCUGGUUCAUUACAGAAAAAAUUACUUAUAAAAAACAAGGAUGCUCGACAAACGAAAAUGCAAGAAAAAAAUAAUGAGGAAGUAGCUGAGGUAAUAACACUAUCUAAUGACGAUGUCGUACAAAAACGUAGUAAAAAGAAACAGAAAAAACGUAAAGAACAAGAAUCAUCAAAAGAAAAUAUAAUCGAUAAAGUUUUGCCUGAUGGCAUAACAAAAUUAGAUGUUGCUGAAAAGAAGAAACCUGUUAAGUUUGCUCAAUUAACUAGCGUAGAGGAAGAUACUUGUGAAGAUGUAUGUCAGAUUAAUGAGAAAAAGAAGAAAAGGAAAAAGCUACAUACAACACAGGAAAAUUACUCUAUUACAGUUUUGUCUGAGGACGUAAUAGAAACAAAUGUUCCUAAAAAGAAGAAACUUGCCAAGCUUACUCAAUCAACUAGUGUAGAGACUGAUACUCGUGAAGAUGUAUGUCAGAUUAAUGAGAAAAAGAAGAAAAAGAAAAGGCAAGAUACAUCAAAGGAACAUGUCAUCGUUAAAGCUUCGCCUGAAAACGUAAUAGAAGUAAAUAUUCCUAAAAAGAAGAAACUUGUCAAGCUUACUCAAUUAACUAGUGUAGAGGAUGAUAUUCGUGAAGAUGUAUGUCAGAUUAAUAAGAAGAAGAAAAAGAAAAAGCAAGAUACAUCAAAGGAGCAUAUUAUUGUUAAAGCUUUGUCUGAAGAUGUAAUGGAAGCAAAUAUUCCUAAAAAGAAGAAACUUGUCAAACUUAAUCAAUUAACUAGUGUAGAGGAUGAUAUUCAUGAUGAUGUGUGUCAGAUUAGUGAGAAAAAGAAGAAAAAGAAAAAGCAAAAUACAUCAAAGGAACAUGUCAUCGUUAAAGCUUCGCCUGAAAACGUAAUAGAAAUUAAUGUUCCUAAAAAGAAAAAACGUGUCAAGUUUACUCAGUUAACUAGUGUAGAGGAUAAUACUCGUAAAGAUGUAUGUCAGAUGAAUGAGAAAAGGAAGAAGAAGAAAAAGCAAGACACAUCAGAGAAAAAUAUCACUGAUGAAGCUUUAUCUGAAGAACUAAAUAUUUCUAAAAAGAAGAAAGAUGUCCAAUUUAUUCAAUCACUUAACGCAAAAGAUGAUAGGACUCGAGAAGCUACUUAUCAGAUCAACGAGAAACAGAAGAAAAAGAAAAAACAGGAAACAUCGAAGGAAAAUAUUACUGAAGAAAACGUAUUUGAAGACGCAGUAAAAUUAAAGAUUCCUAAAAAACAGAAACUUGCUAAGCAUAGUCAAUUAGCUAUUGUACAGGAUAAUAUUCGCGAAGAUGCUUAUCAAUUCAAUGAGAAACAAAAGAAAAAGAAGAAACAAGUAUCAAAGGAAGAUAUUGUCGAAAAAACUUUAUCUGAAGACUCAGGAAAAUUACAGAUUUCUAAAAAGAAAAAAAAUGCUAACACUAAUAAAUUAACUAUUGUACAAAAUAAUGCUAGCGAAUAUGCAUGUCAGAUCAAUAAGGUAGAGAAGAAAAACAAGGAAAAACAAAUUCAUGUAAUUGAACAGGAUAUAAAUGAAGCUGAUCUAUUUAAAUAUAUUUGCCAGAACGCAACAGAGUUUUUACUGCACAAGAAGAAAAAUAAAUUUGUAAAUAAACAAGAAAAAUUAGUAAAAAAGAAAGCUAAACAACAGAAAGCGAUAGAGAGUAUCGAAACUAAGCGGACCGAAAAGAAGCAUACUUUACCAAUACAAAUUCCAGUUUCGAAAUUAAAAUCGGGAAAAAUUUCAUUGUCUGAUAAAUUACAAGAAACUUCACUGGAUAUGAGCGAAUCGAAAAAUGUAGCCCAUAACACUAAAGAAUUAAAGUCGAAGAAACGCCGUCGACCCGAUAUCGAAAACGAGAGUCAUACGAAUAUUCUUGCCAAAAAAUCGAAAAAAGAAGUCAAAGAAGAGAGCAAGAUUUUAUCAUCAUCAAGUGGCUUGAAGCGACUUUCGGACGAGGUAAUUAAGAAUCUUGUGGAUGUGCCAACGAGAGCGAAGAAAAGACAAAAAAUUUUGCGAGACGAGGAAAAGAUAGUACCGUCGAAGAAAAUAGGUAAAUCGAAGACAGCGACUGCCACCCGUGAUGACUCAUUAACGUCACAAACCUCUGAUUGCACCACACAAUUCCGUGCAGUAAACGUGCAGGACACUAAAAAACCGUCGAAACCGGCUGAUGCGGUGGCUUCGUUCAGACAACGUAUGUUUGACAGAAAUGCUCGAGAACCAAUAUCGGCUUAUUUGAUAUAUCACGACAAAAUUAAAAGUACUAAAUAAUAAUUUUUUUCAAUAAUAAAUUUAAUUAUAUUUUAUUUUAGCUUUAGAAUGUACUUUAACGUUUUCAAAAAGAUGAAAUUCGUAAAAAAUUAAGUUAUUGUGAUUAUAUGUAGGAAUUUUAUCAAUUUGGCAUAUUUCUCAAAGAAAACACUUAAACAGGGUUACCAAAAGAGUAAUUGUAUCUCAGUUGUAUCUAUAUUACUACAUGACGUUUAAUAUUUUUCUAUGAUAAAUUGUUUCAUUUGUUGUACGAGUAAGAAAUAAGUACACUUUAGAAAUAAGCAUGUUCCACAAUACAAAUAAAUGAAAAUUAUAAAAUAUAUUUCUAUUAAUAAAAGUUAUUUGUACAAG